UUUUUGGGAAUUUCAAUUCACGCCACGUUUAAAGGAUCAAUAACGAAGACAAUGCAAAAUGACAUUUGUGAAUUCCGAACAAUACCUUUGGGAUAUGAUGGAGAACAUGAAGCAAGACAUCAAUUAAGCCCAAAAUCUGCCAGUAAAAGUCGCUUAACAAUUGCAAUAGAAAAUGACCCUAAUGCUGAAUGUGGUGGAGGAGGCUUAGCUUCUCCCUUUGAAGCACCGGCACCUUUUAGCUUCAUUGAUACAAGUUUUUCGCCUUCAUACAAUGUAGAUACAAACACAACCAUAUCAAAUUUUGAUGAUUUUUUGUCUUGUACCCCUCUGGCAGUUCAAAAUCCACUAGUUUCGAGCACUCAAGGACCGGAAAGCAUAAAUGGACUUCGAGCACAAGUAAUGCUUAGUGAAGAGACUAAUACUACAACUACAAUAGAUUCUUCGUGCUCCGAUCCUCCUCAAAAUUAUGAAUACGAUAGGGCAAAUUAUAAUAGACGCUCAUUUUGUGGAAAUUUAGUAAGAGGUUUAAGUAGAGAUGAUUAA